AGGAGUAAAAGCAAAGGCUUGUCACACAUCUGGCAAGUGCAACCAGUGGAAAGCCAAAAGCACAGGACGGUCAACUGAAAUCUCUACAAUGGUGAACAGGAGGCGAAACGGAUCCCGUGCUAAUGAUCGUUCUGGUCGAGGAGGGGUUCAAGCACAGCAACAGCAGCAAUGCAAACGGCCACCUGUUAAGGCUCUUAGAGAACCAGCCAUCUUUGCUAAACAAUCAGGCAGUACCUCAGACACCCCACAUGAAAAAGUGACUUUAGCCCAGGCUCGCCGUGGCACUCCAGCUCUUCGGCCCGUACGAGUGUAUGCCGAUGGAAUCUUUGACCUAUUCCAUUCGGGUCAUGCCCGGGCUCUGAUGCAGGCCAAGAAUUUGUUCCCAAACACACAUCUGAUUGUUGGUGUAUGUAGUGAUGCCCUGACGCACAAGUAUAAAGGCUACACAGUGAUGACAGAAGAUGAACGUUAUGAAGCUCUUAUACACUGUCGUUAUGUGGACGAGGUGGUCCGUGAUGCCCCCUGGACCCUCACUCCUGAUUUCCUUAAAAAACACAGGAUUGACUUUGUGGCACAUGAUGAUAUCCCAUACACCUCUGCUGGAUCAGAAGACGUGUAUAAACAUAUCAAAGAAGCAGGAAUGUUUGUGGCUACUCAGAGAACAGAAGGGAUCUCUACCUCUGAUCUCAUCACACGUAUUGUUCGAGACUAUGAUGUCUACGUCAGGCGUAAUCUGCAGAGAGGAUACACAGCACGGGAACUCAAUGUUGGCUUCAUCAAUGAGAAGAAGUAUCGUCUGCAAGAGCAGGUGGACAGAAUGAAGGAGACAGUGAGAACAGUGGAGGAGAAGUCCAAACAUUUAGUGCACCGUGUCGAAGAGAAGAGCCAUGACCUCAUCUACAAAUGGGAAGAAAAAUCUCGCGAGUUCAUCGGAAACUUCCUGGAGUUGUUUGGUCCUGAUAAAGCCUGGCACAUGAUCCAGGAGCGGAGUGGCCGUGUUCUCCAGGCUCUGUCUCCCUAUCAGUCACCAAGUACGUCACCCAGCUCCAGCCCUACCAGAGGUCGCUCUACAUCACCCGCCUCCCACUGGCCCCUGCUCCGCUUCCGUUCGCCACCACCUAAAGGAGCCUCCAUCAGCAGCAGUGAGGGUGACGAGGGGGAAAAGUAGAUGGACACUGGCUCUCCUACCACCUGUACAUUUGCGCAGGCACCUUCUCGUUUGGUUUCUGUAUUUUAUACACCAAAAUGUAUGGUGCCAAAGAUCCAGACUGACUUCAUAAUUCUGUAGAAGAAAAUUUUAAAAGCCACGACUAUUACCACUUUAACAUAAAACUGAACACGUCAUAACUUAAUAUCAUUCGAGUUAAAGGACUGUUCACACACACAAAUGUAUAAUGACAACUAUACAAAACGUCCACACCAAUGCACUAUAACAUGUUAAUGCAUAACUGCAGUUAUGCCACUUUAAACGCUCAAGCUUGAUUCUUAUUGGCUGUCAGUGUAAUAUAGUUUAUCAGCUGGAAAAAAAUGAUCAAGUAAUUAUCAAUAUAUUAAUCAUUUUGAAAGUGAUUCAACUAUAUUGUUUUUCCAGUGUCAUUAUUGUUAGAGCUGUAAUGUGGACUUUCCUAUUCUCAUAUAAUUAGAACAAUUGUUAGAACACUGUGUUUUUCUGAAUGAAAUGAUGGGUCAUCCGUUGACCUAAUGUAUAGACUGUUUUAAUAAACUAAUCAAGUUAAAUAUAACAAGCUGAAAAGCACAUUGCGAAACAUUGCAUGACACAAUAAAAGAACAUGUAACAUACUAAUUAUUAUAUAACAUAUUUAAUAUUAUGCUAAUAUUAUUUGUUGACAGUUUCCAGACUGAUGGAUACUGACAAUGACGUGUACAGUACAAAUAGGAAUAUUUUAAAAACUAGUACAAAAGGACAACAUUAUAAAAACCUGUAUUGAGAGGUGUGUUUAAAACAUUGUUCAAAAUACACACAUGCAACACACUGUUAUGGACUUACUACCCCAGUCAUGAGUCACAUUCUCUUACAAAUGGGUAUUAAUAUAUCGCCCCAUUGUGUUUAAACUGGAUCUAAAACUCACCUUAAAGUGCUACCAGUGCUUGGCCAUUGUGUGUUUCUUAAAUAGAAUUUAGCUAUGCACCAAAAUUAAAAUAUUUGACCAAAACGUAUUCUGAAAUACACAAAACAAUGGGUGAAAACUGAAAGUGAAAACUAUGUGUUGUUGAAUCAUUAAUUUACCACUAUUAUUGCAUAAAUAGUAAUAAAAAUCUAUAAUUUAUACCAUUCAAAAGUUUGAGUUGGUAAGUUAAAAUGUCUUGGUAAGUUAAAAUGUCUUUGAAAGAUAUCUUAUUCUCUCUUAAUCUUAAAAACAGUAAUAUUGUGAAAUAUUAUUACAAUUUAAGUACUGUUUUUUAGUGUCACAUGACUCAUGAUUGUAAUGUGGUGAUUUAAUGAUCCUCUGAUGAGUAGAAAGUUCAAAAGAACAGAAUUUGUUUGAAAUGUUAUUUAUGUAAAGCAUUUAUUCAAAUUUUUUUGUAAUAUAAACGUCUUUACUGACAAUUUUGAUCAGUCUGAAUAAAAGUACUAAUUUCUUUUA